GUACUUGUAGUUUUUCUAAAAUGCUCCAGAUGUGUUUGCAGUAUGGGGGGAGAAAAAAGUUUUAGCGGUCUGUUUUUAGCCCAAAUCCUACCGAAAAGCGCUAAAGCAAUGAAGGAAGUGUGAAUGUUUUUACAGUGCGCGCGAAGAUGCGUGCAGUCACAUAAAGCUACUCGGGUUUCAUCUUGAAUGAGGAAGGUGCAGCAGAGCUGCCAGGGAGACCUGCAGCGAUUCUUAGCCCAGCGUGGGAUCACAGAGCUGGGCAACAUCUGUUGAGGCCUCCUGUUUCCUCCUGUACUCCAUCAUGGCUACAGAGCAGCUUUUGAAGUCUUCUGGCCCCGCCCCCUUAAGCUCGCAGGUGCAUGCAGCAGCCGUGAAUGGAGACAGGAGCUCCUUACAGAGACUGAUCACAGCAGAGCCAUGUUUGAGAGACAGUGAGGAUCAGUUUGGCAGGACUCCUCUGAUGUACUGCGUACUGGCUGACCGCUUGGAUUGUGCAGAGACGUUACUGAAGGCCGGAGCUUCCGUCAACAAAUAUGAUCGCAGCAAGAGGACCGCACUGCAUCUCGCUGCACAAAAGGGCAAUGUUCGUUUCAUGAAGUUGCUCCUGUCGCGGCAUGCUAAUUGGCUGUUGAAGGAUCUUGAGGAAAUGACACCGUUGCACUUAGCAACACGUCACUCCAGCCACAAACCUCUCUCUCUCCUGCUCAAGCACAUGGCACCUGGAGAGGUGGAUACUCAGGACAGGAACAAGCAGACAGCGCUGCACUGGAGUGCAUUCUACAACCACCCUGAACACGUGAAGCUGCUGAUCAAACACGACUCGAACAUUGGAAUACCUGACAGCGAGGGCAAGAUUCCCCUGCACUGGGCAGCUCACAACAAGCACCCUAACGCCACACACACUGUUCGCUGCAUUCUGGACGCUGCUCCCACCGAGUCUCUUUUGAACUGGCAGGAUUAUGAAGGCCGGACGCCACUUCAUUUUGCAGUGGCUGAUGGGAACGAAGCGGUGGUUGAAGUUUUGACUUCAUACGAAGGCUGCAGUGUCACAGCCUACGACAACCUGUUUCGAACACCGCUUCACUGGGCCGCAUUGCUCGGCCAUGCACGGAUCGUUCAUCUGCUGCUGGAGAGAAACAAGUCAGGUAUGAUUCCGUCAGACAGUCAGGGAGCCACGCCGCUGCACUACGGAGCUCAGAGCAACAAUGCGGACACGGUGGCGGUGUUUCUGAGGCACCCCUCGGUACGUGACGAGCCCGAUCUGGAGGGCAGGACUGCCUUCAUGUGGGCCGCUGGGAAAGGCAGCAAUGAUGUCAUCAACGUAAUGCUGGAGCUUAAGCGAGAUCUGGACAUCAACAUGGCUGACAAGUACGGAGGCACAGCUCUGCAUGCAGCUGCACUCUCAGGCCAUGUAUCCACUGUGCGGUUGUUGCUGGAAAAAGGAGCCAUGGUGGAUCCCCUAGAUGUGAUGAAACACACUCCUUUGUUCCGCGCCUGUGAGAUGGGUCACCGCGAUGUCAUUCUCACCCUUAUCAAAGGUGGGGCACGUGUGGACUUGGUAGACACGGACGGCCAUUCGGCGCUGCACUGGGCAGCGCUGGGCGGAAAUGCAGAGGUGUGCGAGGUGCUGAUGGAGAACAGGCUCGGACCGAACCUGCAGGAUCAUGCAGGCAGGACGCCGCUGCAGUGUGCUGCGUAUGCGGGUUAUAUAAACUGCAUGGCCCUACUUAUCCAACAUGAUGCUGACCCCAACAUCCAGGAUAAAGAGGGGAGGACGGCGCUCCACUGGUCAUGUAAUAAUGGUUAUUUGGAUGCCGUGAAACUUCUUUUGGGAUGUGGAGCUUUUCCUAACCACAUGGAGCAUACAGAGGAGAGGUACACUCCUCUGGAUUACGCCUUGCUGGGAGAGCAUCAGGAGGUGACGCAGUUCCUUUUGGAGCACGGCGCUCUGUCCAUCGCUGCCAUCCAGGACAUCGCUGCUUCGUCCAUUCAGGCUUUGUACAAAGGCUACAAAGUGCGGCGAGCUUUCAAGGAGCGCAAGAACCUCUUAAUGAGGCACGAGCAGCUCCGUAAAGACGCAGCCAAGAAGAGGGAAGAGGAGCGCAGGCGUGAGGCCGAACAGCAGCUCUCAUUGGCUGGACCACAGCAUCAUCAGAUCUCAUUGGUCCAAGUUGGUAGCGAGAGGCUGCCGUCGGCCGCUACUGAACUCAUCGGCGAGAUUAAAGACACCAAGCCGAAAAGUCACAAACAUCGAAAAUCAUCAAAGGUGCAUCGUAGCCAAUCACACGACAGGACUGAGAUAAAGCCAAAAGAGCCAGAGCGCAUGGCUGAAACUCCAGACACCUCUCAGCUGUCUGCUUUAAACCUGCCCAUGACUCCUCAGAGCCUCAACAGAUCGGAAACAAAGACAGAUUUGUGCGUGAGCAGUGCGCCUGAGGAGUGUUUAUCCAGGCCAGAGCGCCAUUCUCCAGCAGGUUCGAGCAGGCCGGGCAGUGCCAGACACACACACCCUGUUCAUUCGAGACCCAGGACUUCAGGUCGCGCUCCGGAAACCAGCUCUAAACCAGAGUCCAAGACAAGCCAUCCAGCUGUGGCGUCCCCUCCUGCAGCUGUCAGUCAAUCCAGCAGCUUAAUCUCAGUUCCAAUCCAAGCAGGACAAGAGAAGAGCAGAACGAGGGAGCCACGGGCCGAGGGAGAAAAGGAGAAGCCGUCCAGGUCCAAGAGAGAGAAGGUGCGUAGGGCUGAGAAAGAGGAGGAGAAGUGCUCGAGGACUGAAAAAGAAGCAGAAAGAUUUUCAAGCAGAGAAAGAGAGAGAGGUUGGUGCAAAGAGGUCGAAAAAGGAAAACGAAUGGAAAAAGAGAAGGAGCACAGAAGAAAGAGUCUCCACAGAAGGAAUCAAGCAGCGAGAGUGCUACAGACAGCGUGGAGGAGGUUCUGUGUUCGGAGGCGCCUGAAAGAACUGCUGUGUGGAAACAUUAAAAGGCCCGAGACUGCAGAAGUCACUGCACUUCUGAUUCAUUUUUUAUGGGAGCGACCACUCCACAUCGAUAACACCCGCCAGAGGGCCAUUUCUAGAGCACAGUCACCUCCCGCUAAAGCUGCAGCAAAGAAAAGUUCAGUGCUGCAGAGUAUUUAUGGAGGAGCCCAAGCCAAAAGGGGACACUCUCUGAGAGCCAUGUCUGCUCUCAACACACACAGCCAGAGUCAACUACUGCACGACCUGCCGCUCAAGCCCACCAAACAGAUGAGUGGCGUGGAGUGUGUGCACUUACUGGACUCUCUGAGUCAAGCCAAGCAGUACUCCUAUCACCUGCGUCCUCAGAGUGCCAGCAGCCAGAGCAGAACCAAGGACUGAGAGCAACUCAGCAUACGUUCUACUUUAGAACCAUUUACUGAACCGUAUACACUAAACAGCUUCACCAAGUGAAACCAACAGACAGAAAAUGCUGUCAUCUGCUUAUUUAUAUAUUUGUGUCUGGAAACUGAUGGGGUCCUGGAUAAGACACCGGUGAGGUACUGAAGGACGUCAUGACAACCACACAGGUCAACGCUUAAGCCCACAAACACAUUAUAUGCAUGAGAUCACCUUUUAUCCUGAAAUCAACUGGUUAUGCACCUGUCAUACGGGUGACACAUACCUGACAAGUGUAUAACAAGACUACCUGCACAGGAAAGCUUAAUGCAUGCUCAGGCAAUAUGAUGCAAUCUGGAUACAUGUACAAGUGCAGAAUUUUCACCAAAACAAGCUUUUUUUUUUUUUUUUUUUUUUUUUU